GCCCGGUUGACAGGCGGGAAAAUUAUCGUAGCGACACCCGCUGCUUUUGACUGACAGGCGUGCAGGUCCCGCCUCCCAUAGACUGACUUCCCCACUCCGAACGUCGACAUCCGGUUUGAGUAAUCGCGCAACCGCCCGGGUAACUGCACUGCUUCCGUGUGGCCUUCCACGAGUCCUUACCGCACCGUCACGGUUCAUCUCUUGUAAUUCGACAUCCGCAGGGGUACAUCGGUUAGAAGAUGCACAUUAAAACAGGUAAUUGGGAGGCCAGUAGCACUGUUUGUGAAACGGAUCCCCUGUGUGAUACGGCUGGCCUGGUGUCAACCCCUAACCCUGAAUCACAGAUCAGAAACCGAAGGCUCUCCCCUGGGUCCGGCAACUGUGGGGGAGGUGGAGGUGGCGGAGGACGAGUUGGCCGGGACACUUGUCACAGUCCUGCUUCUGAGAACCACACACACAGACACCCUUACACUCACACAUUUACUUCAGACCGGGAUAGAGAUCGCAGAGGCCCGGCCCAGGGCAGAAACUUUCGCAAAGAGACAUCCAGGGUUGGCCGGGCGGCCGAUAAGGCUCAGAGAGAGAAGGAGAGAUGGGUGGAGGACAGUUUGUCACUAUUGAAGCCGCCACCUGCAUUCCCAGUACAGGACAGUCCCGCCAAGCUGCAGCCAGCUGUCAGCUAUGCCUCCAAGGUGAAACGGGGUGGAGUGGGGGUUGUAAUGGAAGAUCCUCCUGGUAUCGGGGUAUUGCUGCAGAACCAGUGGGGUCUCAGUUUCAUCAGCGACACCCCACAGAACCUGGAAAACUCCGAGUCCCAAUCUCCAAAACAAAAUGGCCCUUCCCUAGGGAUGCGUCUGGUUCCAUCUUUUGGGAGCUCCCCGGUUGACCCUGCUGAAAGCCUGCCCCCUAUCUCAGGGAAGGAUUCUGAUAGAUCAGCCCCCACCUUGCCUAUACCCUCAGUCACCCGCUGUCGGUUGGAGGGCGAGAGCCAGAACAACCUGUUGCUUGUCUGCCCUCAUCUGGUGGAGGCAGUGCAGUACCAUGUUCAAGAAUGGGAUACUGUCAGCAGAAGACUUCAAGAUGAUCCUGGAAAGGUCAUCUGGUACAGGGAUCCUUUGGACCACCCAGCCUAGCAAAUCUACACACUGGUUAUCCUGUGGACACACAAGACAGACACACACACACAAAACAAAUAAAUAUGCACAUUCUUACUGAUAAAUGUUUACUUGAUGGCAUGCAUCGACUCUGCAGUCCUUCAUAGUAUGAACACACACCGAAUCCCCGGACUAAUAACUUAAGAACACAUUGAAGAUGACUGGACUUCUUUGAUGCCUUACAACAGAGCCUGCCUCAUCAGAUUGGGCAUGGAGUUAUUCUCAUUGCUCAAAUUUUUUUUUUUUUUUUUUUUUUUUUUUUUUUUUUCUUUUUUGUCUUGGCAAGCUAAUUUUAAGAAUUCUUCUAGCACUGUAAUUUUUAUUGUAAAAUCUUGUAGUUUUAUCAUAAAGACAGAUUUGUCUUCUGUUUCUGAGGUCAGUCAAGCACCUUCUUCUCAAUAGUGACCAACCUUUGUAUUCCACCUUACUUUUGACUGAUUCUUAGAGGAUAACUUUUAAUGUAUAUGUGUAUAUACAUAUAUAUUUUUAACACUGAAAGCAGUCAGACAUUUCUGAUUUUAAGCAGGACAGUGAUUGUUACAGUCUGGAUUUCUCUUCCAGUUAACUUAUUUUUUUUUUUGUGGAUUUUUCUGUGUCUAGGCGGGUCUCUGUGUGUCUUGAGUUCUUAAAGGGGUUACAAUCAAGAGUGUGGUCCACAGUUUGAAACUACUGUACACUGGAAGAGUUUCUAGGUGAAAAUUUAACAGUAUUUCAUAAUAAAAAAAUUUUAAAAAUUUA